AUGGCAAAUCCCACACCAACUCUCCAACAAGCCGCCGUGGUGCAAAACCCAGGAGAAAAUGCAACAAUUACUCUCCACAAUGACAUACCCGUUGCAAGUCCGGGACAAAAUGAAGUUCUCAUCAAAUUAACCUGCACCGGUCUAUGCCGCUCAGAACUCCGCGCCGUGUUAGCCUGGGGCGCAUACAACUCCAUCAUCGGCCACGAAGGAGUGGGAACCGUAGUAAAAGCCGGACCCCAAGUCUCAGAAUCCCUCCUCGGCGAACGAGUCGGCAUCAAAUGGCUCUACAGCGCAUGCAACAAAUGCUCAGUGUGCAAACGAGGUUUCCCGCACAAUUGUGCACAACAGCUCAAUACAAGUCGCCAUGUGCCGGGAACAUUGCAGCAAUAUGUUAUUGCCGAUGCGCGAUUCCUGACACUCAUCCCUGAGGGUGUUGCUGAUGAAGUUGCGGCGCCGUUACUAUGCGCUGGACUUACGAUGGUCGGCGCUUUGGCGAAACUGGAUAAUGAGCUGUUGGCUGGAGACUUUGUUGUUAUCUCUGGGUCUGGUGGUGGGCUGGGUCACAUUGGUGUGCAGAUUGCCUCGAGGAUGAAAGGGUUGCGGGUUAUUGCUGUUGAUAGUGGGGAUGAUAAGAGAGCGUUGAGCUUGGAGUCGGGCGCGGAGGUUUUCUUUGAUUACAAGACUGAAGAUGUUAUUGCUCGAGUGCGGGAGUUCACUGGAGAGGGCGCGCAUGCGAUCAUCGUCGUGCCGGGUACGAAGGAAGCGUUGAAGAUGGCACCUAACCUGGUGAGGAAUAUGGGUUUUGUUGUGAAUGUUGGCUUGCCGCCGAAUGACUUGGAUAUUCCCCUUUCGGCUACGCUUUGCACAGCAAGAGGUCUCACCUUUAUAGGGUCGUCUGUGGGCACCGAAGCUCAAUUAGCCGACUUACUGCGAGCGGCAGCUGCUGGUACGAUAUCGCCAUCGAUUGAAGUUUUUGAUUUCUCGGCUGUGCCGACUUUGAUCGAGAAACUGAGGGAGGAUGGUAUUACGGGAAGAGCAGUGGUCACAUUACCAUAG